GUUCGGUAGCUCCAAUUCGGCGGCAUGGAGGACGGUGAUGAUGUGCUCUGCUUUGACAACACACGCACGAAACGGGAGCAGGAACUUCUCGACGCUUUCCUGAGCGGGAAGUUCGUGUGUGAGCAAGACGAUGAGUUCGCUUCACCCUCACCGUCGCCCACCAAGGACGAUGCCGCGCCUCCCACUGAUGGCUUUAGUCAGGCUGGAGUGGCCGGAAUGGCUGCUGGGGCCGGGGAGCAGCCGGAAGUGGCUGGUCGGGCCUUCGAGGCUUCUGCUGGGAUAGCAGAGGCGGGGCGCAUGCAUGGGAUUAUGACUGCAGGGGCGUCGAAUUCAUUGCCAGACGGUGAGCAGGGAGGUGGAAGGACGCGAGGCGGUGGACGGAUGAUGCAAUGGAAUAUCUGCGUGUGUGUUUCAGUAGAGAGGAGUCCUUUGGAUGAGGUGCGGCAAGGGCUACGAGAGCAAUUCAAUCGUGUGUCGGUGAGCGAUCAGGACGAAGGACAGCGAGGCUGCCGCAACACCACACCCAUGCAUUCCUCUGCUCUGCUCUGUUGUGUGUGUGCACCAUUCAGGACAUGUACUCACGUAUCGCCGAGAAGGAGGCCAGGCUUGAGGCGCAGGUGACGUCCCUGCAACAGCUGCAGCGACAGGCCCACCCCCAGCCACCCUCUCAAGCGUUUCCGGCACCACGCCGAUCGCAGGCCAAUGGCAACGCUUUCCCCCCUGCACUGCGCACACGCAGCACCAAUGGGUUCGGCACCAGGCCGACACCGACCCCCACACAGAUGCCCGACCCCAGCAGUUAUCGGUUCUCGAACGGAUACUACACCAACAAGCUGUAUGCCCUCGCUGGCUACGACUUCCCUGCCUACCCGUCGCCCUACGGCCUUCUCCCAUACCCUCCCUGGGACCCCGCCAGUGCCCUACGCAACGGCGGGCAGCAACUGCCACCCAAGCAGCAGCAGCAGCAGCAGCAGCAAGGGGAGAGGAAGGACUGGAGUGACUGGGGAUUCGAGCCAAGUGACGUGGACAAGUAUACACCCAAAGACAUCCGAUUCAUGUUCAAAGGGGUGAGGCUGCUCAGAACCGGCCAGUGCAUUGGUUGUCUCUCCUGGUGGGCUGGUGUUGUGUGUGCAGCAUUCGUUGACCGUGGCGUGUCAGGGUCUGACGGAUGGCGAGCCUGUCCCUCUGGAUAGGUACAAUCCGCAGUACCUCAACUCCAAGGCCUUCAACACCUGGCUGGAGAUGAACAAGGGCAUGUUUUCUUCUCUGAAGCCUGAGCCAAAGGCACUCUCUGACAGUGAGCGGGUCAGUAAACAACACCAACGCGACACACACACACACACACACACACACAGAGAGAGAGAGAGAGAGAGAGAGUUUUCCGACGUCAAUCUUACCCCUCGUUGUCUUUUUGCGCAGGCUGAUCUCAACGCGCUCGUAGCUAAAUAUGGCGGCCCCUCAUUCUGGGUGGCCAAGGAGCAGCAGCAGCCGCCAUACAAGGAGUCGGCGCCCACGCCCACACGGGCCGAGCCGUCCCAGCAUCCCACAUCGGGCCCAUUCCCCCCUCCGCCAGCCCAGCUGUCGCCACCUCAGGACAAGAACGUCAGCGAGACCAGCAACCAACACCUCCCCAGUGGCGUCAGAGACAAGAGCCGACCGAUGAGGGACAAGUACGGCACCAACCAGCGGUACUACCCCGGGCUCGGCGACAAGCCCAUCGUUGGCCGGCCGAUCUGCCAUUUCGAGUAUGUUCGGGACCCUGAGUGGCUGGAUGUCAAGGGCGGCCGAGACGCCAUCAAGCGCAACAUCCUGUCACAGAUGCAGCACGAGGAGCUCAAGAGAGAGCGGGAGGCGUGGGAGAGGGAUGCUGCUGAGUUCGAGGCGCUGAUGGAGCGGGAGGCAGCCGACUGGAAGAGGGACAUGGAAGCGGCAGAGGCAGCCGAGGCCGAGGCGGGGGCACGGAGGGACAAGGAGAGGGUGACGCUGAGGGCAGAGAGAGAGCAGCAGGGGCGGGCCGCAAAGAGGACGGCCAAGAGAUCCCAGCCUCCCCUGCCCAAGCAGGCAGAAACACCACCCCCGCCAUACACAGACCCAUCGGAUGAGCCCACACAGCCACCUGCCAAGCCGACUCGUGCCCCCAAAGCCGCGGCUAAGCCGCCCCGCCACCCAGCCCGACCCCUGCAGACGUCUCGCAACCGAGCCACGCCAUCCAAGGCCACCCCAUCCGGCUCCCGGCAUCCCUCGCCUGCUCCCAAGAAGACCCACGGCGCUUCUUGCUCCACGCAGCCGCCUCUGAGCCACCUGCGUCGCGUCCCCCAGGCAUACAUCGCCCCCUUGCCGUCGUGGGACCCCAACGCCGCGGCCAAGGCGCUGAAGAAGAAGGGGCAAUCGGCAGCGGGUGGCUACUUCUUCGGCCCAGUGAUCAUGGGUGGCGCUAAGGAGGGCGAGAAGGAGGGCGCACAGGGUGCGGAGACCAACAUCACUGUCAACUACAACGUGACAGCACCCUUGGCCAAGGACAGGACGCCUGAGGCGAGUGCAGCACAUGACGGGCACAUGAAGGAGAUCCGAGACUCCUUGAGGCUGCUGAAGUCGAAGCGCCAUAACACCUCUCAGCAGCACUCACCACACACGUCCACUCGCCAGCCCGCUCGACCAGCACCGCCAAGAAAGGGCCCCAUCACCACACCGGCCCGGCAAGCCAGCCCGCCCCGCGCACCCAAACCCUCCCCAGGCCCCAAAGUCCCUUCCGCCAAGCGAGUGCUGCCGGGCGAGAGGCGUGAGAGGCCUGAGCUGCGUCUCGGGCCAUCACCAGCCAUGGCGAGCGCUGCGGCCCGGCGACAGCUCUCGCCAGUGAAGAUGAGGGGAGUGGCGACGCCCAAGAAGUCCACCUCUCUCGCCGCACUGGACGUGUCGCGAACGCCGUCACCCAACCCCAAAAUGAAGAGCCCGGAGCCCCUCAGGCGUCCACCGGCCCAGGUAGCGACCCCCCCGCCGCCCCCGCCCCCUUCCAAGCCCGCAGAGCCGGUGCCCUUGCCCGAGAAGACACCCGAGAAGACGAGCCAACCGAUACGAGUGGUCCACGUGGACACGGCGGUGCAGUGCUCUCCACCUGGCGGUGGCAAGGCGGAGGCUGUGGAGAAGCAGUUGGCCUUCGACAGCCCUCGGGUGGUGCGGUCUGACGCACAGGUAGCGGUGAGGCCCCGGCGCGACGUGGCGCUGCAGGUCCAGCUCGACGACCCCAGCUUGCCGCCUCUGCUCAUCAUCGACGAUACCCGCCAUGCCACUGCCCCUGACGCUGCCCUCCAGCGCUAUCUGUACGCCAACGUGCAGCGGCCAAGGGUGGUCGAGUCGUCGCCCGCUGAGAGGCCUGCGCCCACUCGCUUCCGCCCAGGGCAGGUUCAUCGACACAGGGAGUUGGGCAUGCAGGUGGUGCCCCCGGCCCCAGCAGCGCCGGUGUGGCUCGACACACCGACAUACGUCCAUCCCGAGGCCUACACCUACGACCAGUCACGACACGUCAGGGUGGUGGAGGACGCGACGGCGACGGAGACGGCUGAUGAGGAGCAGAGGGAGGAGGAGGGCAGGGAGGCCCUAGAGAAGAAGAUCGGCGAGGCACUGCGUGAGUGGAUUGACCGUCAGCCCCCUGACCCAGAGAUGCACGAGACAGCCGUCCAGACGGCCGGAUCCCCUCGCCCGCAGCCACCGCCCGCCCCGACACCCCCCCGAAGGACAUCCGAGACGAUCGCCAUCCAAACAUCCACUCAGGGAGACGACACAGCGACGGCGAUUCGGCAGCUUGCGCGGGAGAUGGAGGCCUGGCGCGAGAGGCAGGAGGAGGCCAUCAGGAGGCUGCAGGAGGAGAGGGCAAGAGAUGAGGAGGAGAGGAAACGGCGGGAGGCGGCAGUGAACAGUCGCGAGGAGCCGUCGGGCCCGUCGGAUGAGAGGCGCGGCCGCAUCCGAAUGACGAUAGAAUACCCGCCAGUGCAAGAGAGGGAGGAGCGUAAGCAGCCCGCCCGCGAAGGCUCGCUUGAUCCACUUGUGACCAGGCUGAAGAAUCUCAUGCUCUACGGUGAGCGGAGAGGAUGACCACAUAAGACAAGGCCGCACAUUCAAGGCACGCCCUGUGUCGUCUCUCCGUGUGUGUCUUUCUGUCUGUCAGGUCCCAUCGAGGGCCCUCGUCUUCUCAAAGGCGUGAAGCCCCACUCUGCCAAGGUCCGAGCACCCUCAGCGCCCCCAUCCGCUGCCCAGCACACACGUGGUAAGAAGCCACCUCUCCCACCCAAGCAGCACCCGGCAGCCCGGCUGACUGCGACACAGCGGAGAACCACCACAGUUAUGGGCGGCUUUCGCCCCCACGAGCGAGCCAGAUCGAGUGUGGCCUCAUCGAGUGACGAGAACAGCUCGCCCUCCGUGACCACUCAGCAAAACGGCUGCUCCAUGUGUGGCGACGACGAUGGCCAUCGUCGCAAGGGCAGAGAGGGAAGGGCUGCAGAGUCGGGGCUUCGACGUGACACACCGACAGUCCCCGAACCAAGGACCGACACACGGUGCGAUCAAGACAAGGGGGAAGGAGUGGUACCUGCAUGGUGUCUAUCUCGAUUGUCUGUUGCUGCAGACCUGGGAUGACUGAGCACGAGAUGGGCCGGGUGAUUGCUGAUCUGAACGCCAGGAUGGACAGGCUCUUCGAGUCCAUCGGGCAGAUCCCCCCACCCAUACAGCUACCCCAGCCCCCCACUGGCACACACGAGGCGAAAGCACCGGCCCCUCACCCCACACCCGUCGCCGAUAAGCCAGACCACACUCGCCUCUUCGGCUGGCCACGCCGCCCCACCCCGCCGCCAGCUCGGCCUGAGGUGCCACAGCCACAGCGGCAGCAGCAGGACCUGACGCCAGCGAAGGGCCGCACGAGCGGCACGUCACCCUUGGAGAGUGGCGAGGUUCGCUCGGUGCGCUCGGCGGCAAAGUAUGAUCCCUUUGACCACAUGAGCCCUGGGGAGGUGCGGGGCAGCGUGGUGUCGUCACUGGAGCCCGGCGAGGUCCGGGGUGCAUUCUCUGGUACGCACCGAUACAUGCACCCACACAGAGGCAGGCAGACCGUGACAUUCGUGCUGCUGCGUAUGUUGGUUUGUGUUGUAGGCGUUGUGACGCCAGAUGACUCCUCUGACCUGUCGAGCGACGAUGAGCCUCCUGCUGUGCCUUGCAGGACCCAACACCGUCGUCGCUGACAGAGCCAUCUGAUGAUACAGAUGGGACGGAGCGGUGGCUCAUGGUUGAACUGAUAGAUAGAAUGAUAGAUAGCAGCGUCACAGAUGGGACCUUCGGGGAAGGGUUGUUUGUUUUUCUGUCUUGUUUUUCGGUCGGUCUUUCCGUCUGUUCGUCUGCCGUCUGUCGGUAUUUGUUUUGUUUUCACCCGGAGAUUGUUGUGGCCGACCUUCUGCCAGCCCAACAAUGUGCAUAGAUUGAUGUAGAAUGGGCGGAUGGAUUGGGGAGACGCUCGAGAGACAUCCAGUAGCGGGACUGACGCGAGAUGCAUAAGGAAGCACAUUGAAAGGCGCAUUGCCAUCGCCAUGAGUUUCCCUCCUCCCAAGGCAGCUGCAAUAGUUGGAAGGCCGCGCGGACAAUGGAACAAUUAAGUGGGAACAAUCCGGUCGAUGGGACCCCACGCGAAUGCGUGUCGACGAACUGUUACGAGGGGGGAGGGGCCCCCGAGUAAUGGGAGGCGAUCUGCCAGACGGAGAGCAUAGGAAAAUGGCGGGCAACAAAUAUACACAGUUUUGUCGAGAGUGAUUUUUGAUCGCCUUGAGGU